GUCCCAAGCCCUAGAAAGGUCUUAAACCCCAGGUUCAGCAGAGGCGGCGAAUCCCUAACUCCCCGUCCAGUCCCUCGGCACCCGAAUUCCGGCGGCGGCGGCGAUGGCGGCGGCUGCGGCGAGGUCCGGUUUCCGGCGCAUGUUCUCCAUCUCGGCCUUCGCGCCGCCGAAGCCGCCCGCCCCGCGACCCCAGGCCGACCCCUCCCCCAACCUCUUCGUCUCCGGAUUAAGCAAGCGUACCUCAACAGAAGGACUUAGAGAUGCUUUUGCGAAGUUCGGGGAAGUUGUUCAUGCUCGAGUUGUGACAGACCGUGUCUCCGGAUGUUCGAAAGGGUUUGGCUUUGUAAGGUAUGCUACAACUGAAGAAGCAGCGAAAGGAAUAGAAGGAAUGGAUGGAAAGAGCUGUAGUGGUGCAAAUAGGUUCAGUCAGAUGGCAUCUGGACUGAGAAUUGAUAAGAUGACUCUGAUCCGGUUGUACACCCAGCUGGUGUUCCUUGAUGGGUGGGUUAUUUUUGCGGAAUAUGCUAAACCCAGACCACCGCCCCAGGAAGCAGAGAUGAAUUCGCAGCCACAACAAUCAUGGGGCCCUCCAUCAAGUUCCUGGGGUUCACAGUAGAUGAAGAGCAGCCCUCUAUGCAGCCUUGGGGCUCACAGUGGAUCAAAAGGCCAUCAAUUCUGCAUCUGAUUUAUAGAUAUUGUGUGUUGUGCUGUACCAGGUGUGAAUGCCCUAGACGGUCUGAUAUUCUUGCCGUGUUGGAGUGGUCGUUUACUCGCGUCCAUGGUUUCCACAUGAAGAGGUAGUUGUCAAUCCCAACACGGACCAAAACACGUAUACUGUCCAUGUGCAACAGUUGAAAACCUUUGCGAAUAAUGUCUGCUAUCGUGCUUGUUGUGGGAUGUUUUUAUGCGAGGAUGUCAUUUUAUUCGAA